ACAGAGAGUGGCAUGCUGCUAACCCCUGGUGCUAACCGUCGGUGCUAACCACUGUCACCCGGCGGCGUCUCAUUUUCCACAAAACUCAACUUCCAAGAAGAAGAAUAUUUUGACCAGCUACAUCUAAGAGGAGGCGGUGGUACGUCGCCCUCCGUCCGUCGUCGGUCAGUGUUCGUCCUUGAGCUGUUUUGUGUACGGCAGCCGGAGUUGGACUAGUAUCGAUAUUAGCCAACACUAGCUACCUUCUCCCGACAUACCAGCUGCCUCAGCGCUGUAUGUGCGGCAAUAACAUGUCAGCGCCUUUACCUGCCAUUGUGCCUGCUGCCCGGAAAGCCACUGCGGCGGUCAUAUUUCUGCAUGGCCUCGGUGACACUGGGCAUGGCUGGGCAGAAGCCUUCGCAGGCAUCAGGAUGCCACAUGUGAAAUACAUCUGUCCACAUGCUCCCACCAUGCCAGUUUCUUUGAACAUGAGGAUGUCCAUGCCUUCCUGGUUUGAUAUCUACGGCUUGAGCCCAGACGCGGACGAAGACGAGUCUGGUAUUAAGAGAGCGUCAGAGAACAUUAAAGCCUUGAUAGACCAAGAAGUGAAGAAUGGCAUACCGUCACACAGAAUUAUCCUCGGUGGAUUUUCACAGGGUGGAGCUUUGUCUCUCUACACGGCUCUGACAACUCAGCAGAAGCUCGGUGGAGUGGUUGCUCUAAGCUGCUGGCUACCUCUCCGCAAAUCCUUCCCUCAGGCGUCUGCCAACAGUGCUAACAAGGACAUGCAUGUCCUACAGUGCCACGGGGAUGCCGACCCCCUGGUCCCUUUUGUAUUUGGCAGCCAGACAGCGGAGAAGAUGAAAGGCCUCAUCAACCCUGCCAACAUCACCUUCAAGUCGUACAGGGGUCUACCUCACAGCGCCUGUCCAGAGGAAAUGGUGGACGUCAAGCGAUUCAUAGAGAAGCAGCUUCCUCCCAUCAGUGAUGAAUGAGCCCGAGAGUGUCCGCUCAGCACCAUCAGAGUCCCUUCGUCUCCGGUGAGACUCUGUGGACUCAUGGACCACUAACUUACUUGACAAUAAAACCAACGCUGCUACUCUUAGAUCCAGACCGGACUGGGGCUGCUAAAGUGUUAGCCCAGGAAAGGCAUGAUUUAAAAAAAAAAAAAAAAAAGGAUGCUGCAUCCUGACCUGGAGCCACACACAACCCUCAGUGUUACAGUAGAGUAACAUUAGUUGCUUGAUUGUAAAGCUAUUUGCCAUUGAGACGAGCCAUUUCUCACAGGAAAUGUAUGUUUCGAAAAUAACUAGGGCUGCACAUUAUGGUUUAAUACCUGCUGUCUCACAAUAAAUGGCCUGUUAAAUGUUUUUUUCCCCCAUUAAUAUAGUUAACGUGUAGUGGUGCUAAGUUUAGUAGCUAAUCAAGAAAAUAAUUUAAUUAAUGCAUUUUAUGAAGCCAAGUUGCCAAAUAUCUGUUGCUUCCAGCUUCUUAAAAUUUAAGUAUUUCUUGUUAGUUUUUUUUUUUUUUUCCAUUUUACAUUAAUGUAAAUAUAAUAAUAGGGCUUUCAAUUUGCUUACAGAUGAAACAACCAGCUUAAGAACAAAAACUAGGACUUUCACAACACCUCACACACCUAGUGUUCUUCACAUGGAACGGUGAAUUUAUAAAAGAUUUUUUUAAAGUCAAUUAUUUCUCAAUGUAAAGCUUGUGCAAACCGCACAUAGGCAGCUUUAUAUGCAAUCCACGCUCAAAGCACCUAAUAAUGAAUAUUGGCUUAAGAGAGUGUAAAUUAGUCUGUGAACGUUCACACAGGACAGCGAAAACAACAUAUGAUUGUGCUUUAUUUAAUUUGUGAGAAUUCAAAUAACUAUUUAACACAAAUUAAAAUUUUUUAAAUACACAAAUA